CGCAGCACAACACUAAAAUUUCAAUCCAACAUUUUACAGUUUUCUAUUUUCUUUUCUCACCUCUUAAUAAAAGUGAUCGAUAAGGGAAAUGGCACAAUAUCGCGUUAGAAAACAAGAUAACGACAAACCUCUUGUGGAGCUAUAUAGACCCAAGAAAUUUGUGGCUGAAUCUUUGACCUCUGUUUAUACAAGUCGCACAACCGUGGCACCCAAUGGAUUUAUUCACACUGAUACAGUGAAAGGGAUCGAAGAUCGUCAUUUGAAGGCUUCACCCGAUUUGCCCAGCCUCCGGGAACGCAGCUCCAAGUCGAACAGCAAGAAUCUCUACGAUCUCUCGCUCCAACUAAUGGAUCCAGAGGAGUCGGGGGGCUAUGAAAGCGACUGGUCUAAUGGAGGCAUCAGGACUCGUCGAGAGGUCAAAGGGCAGAACGGACAAAAUAGGGAAAGGACUGGCAAACGCAAUCGGGUAGAGCAAAUCAAGAGGAUGGACCUUGGUCACAACAGAGAAAGGAGCCCCUCAAUGCCUGUAAUGGACGGCUCAAGGAGAAAACACUUGAAAAAAAAUAGGGAAUAUGCGGAAAAAGUAAUCGGACCCCUUAACUCAAAGCCCCACCGAAAGCAGUUGACUCGUAAGAUUCCGGAUUCAGAAAAUCAGGCCCUCUGCGCCCAGCCAGUUAUCACGGUCCCGAAAACCUCUGAAGUCCAAGAAAUAACUCAAAAUACGACGGUCAACUUUCAGAAGGCUGAAGUUCAGCCACAUAUUGUGGAACCCGAUUUUGAAUCUUUCAGAUAUUGCGAGAAUCCAAAGGAGACUUUCAGGGCAAUUCUCGAAAGAGCUGCUCGGAAUAAUCGUUGGUUGAAACCUGUUGUUCCUGUCCAAAAGGAAUCGGACGACAUUCUUGAAAAGGUGAAUAUCGAGGAAAUCCUAAGGGCCUGGGCUUUAAAGAAGAUCAAAUUUAUACUGCAAUUAAUCGAUGCCAACCACACCUAUAGCUUAAUCUUUCUUCUGAUCACCGUGGUUUACUUGGUCUAUAUCCUGUGGUGGGACGUUAGCGAGAGUGUCAAUGAGCAAAGCCGAUUUGCGGCCAAGGUAGAUAACUCUGGACUGCCGAUGAAGUGUUUCUACUAUCUGAUGAGUCUGUUCAGAGCUUCCACGUUUUGAUAAGCGAGCGAAAUUGAAGUUUUAAUCAAAUAUUUUGCAUUUCAAUAACAAAACGGCAACGCGCUAUUAUUCAGUUCUAUUUCCGUGGUGAAAUAUUUAUUGUAAAAUAUUUAUAAAUGGAUAUUUUUGCUGUUUUUCGCUCCCCAAACAAAGUGUUGAAUAGGACUCGCGCUCCAACGCCUCUUCUGCGCUGCCACGCCCCUCAUUUCCCACCUUGCCCAGCUGGUGCCGGGCUAACAAAUGAAAAACAAAUAUUAAGCUUUGUUGUUUUGCCAAAAUAGAACAGAAAACCCAUAAACACACACACACAUGCGGAGUGCGCGGAAAUUGUAAAGUGUUAAAAAUAAUAAAUUAUUUCUGUUAUUCUAAGUGGUA